AUGUUUCUUGUGAACGACAAACUGAAAAUUGAUAUCUACGUAACUGUCAUAAAUGUUCGUGGUUUGCUAGAUUCGCUACCCGAAAAGAAGGACGACAUGGUGUAUGUCAAUGGCUUCCAAGUUGUUGAUUCGCAAGUUAAUUCAGCAAAAUGGAUAUUUGAAACUUACCCAGAGACUGCUUUGUAUAUUCAACCACAAGUUCCAGAGCUUAAGACAGCAUACAUGAACAUUAGCAUCAGAAUCUACGAGACACUUUAUAACAGUUCUCUUGAGAUGCUCACCGAGGCCGAGAUAGUUAACGUUUCCAAGAGUUUGCUUGAUCUGACACUAGCUGGUUUUAAGCUCGAAUGGUUAAGGGAAAAGCUUGAGAAGGUUUCCGUGGAGAGGAAGAAACUCUCUAGUUAUGAAGCUCAGGCUCGGGAACUUGGAAAACAGUUGAAGAAUCUUGAGCUGAUGAUGUGUAAUCUCAAAGAGAGCUAA